UGGUAAAAUAAAUUUCUUCAUGCCAACUUCCUCUAACGAGUGUUUUGCGCUUCCGCUUAUGGCGACAAUUUCUUUCCCUGAAGUACUGGAUACUUAGCAAGAUGGGUAAACCUAGAGGUCUUCGUACAGCUCGUAAACACGUAAAUCACAGACGUGAACAACGUUGGAACGAUAAAGACUACAAAAAAGCUCAUCUUGGAACUCGUUGGAAGGCUAAUCCUUUCGGAGGAGCUUCUCAUGCUAAAGGAAUCGUCCUUGAAAAAGUAGGAGUCGAAGCUAAACAGCCCAACUCUGCUAUUCGCAAAUGCGUCAGAGUACAAUUGAUUAAGAAUGGUAAAAAAAUCACAGCAUUCGUUCCCCGGGACGGUUGUCUGAAUAAUAUUGAAGAAAACGACGAAGUUCUAGUUGCUGGAUUCGGUCGUAAAGGUCAUGCUGUUGGUGAUAUUCCCGGAGUUCGUUUUAAGGUCAUUAAAGUGGCCAAUGUGUCUUUACUUGCGUUAUAUAAAGAAAAGAAAGAGCGACCUAGAUCUUAAGGAUAACAUGUAUUCCAUGUGUUUUUAAUAAUCACUAAACAUUCAAUUAUUUAA